AUGGACAGAGUUUGGAUUUUGUUGCUGUUGACAUUCACCUUGGUAGAGUCAUCUAUUAAUUCAAGAGGACUGUUUUUCAACUUAGACAAUGGGGAGCUGUGCUUAGUGAGCCUACAGUGCAAAAGCCGCUGUUGCCACCAAAGCAGUGCAUCAAGUUUUCCUCGCUGUGCAAACAAAGCAGCUGAAAACCAAGAAUGUUCCCCACUGAAUCUACAAAGUGUUUACUACAAGUGUCCUUGUGAGAAAGGCUUAAUCUGUGUUGACCGGACCAUUGUGGGAAGUAUUGUCAACUCUGACUUCGGCAUUUGCCAGGAUUCAUCAAAUACAAUCAACGGUGAAUAA